GUGCGUCUUGACGCAGCGCUCCACGGCGCCGUAGGACGACCGGAUAACGGGAACCAAGAAGGGGGACAGGAGCGGAGCGCGUCAGUCCGGUAUACAGAGACGAGGUGCUAUUGUAUAACACGGGCCUUCGCUCUUUUUCUCCAGGCUGCAGCUGUGUGGAGAAGCGGCCGCUACUGCUGCUGCUUUUCUCGUUAUUGUUCUCUUUUCGGUUAGAGACGGUGCGGAGCUGCGGGGCUCGGUGUUGCGGAGGACCUGCACAUGUCGGCCCGGUGAGGCACCGUGUGUUUCCCCGCCCUGAUACGGUCGGAAGACGGACAGGAGGAGGCAGAUAAUCAGCAGCUGAGGUCAUUUUUUUUUAUCAAUAAUACAAUAAUAAGAAGGAGGUGAGAAGAAGACGGAGGCUGAGAUAGUGGUGAACUGGAUCCGUUUAAAGGGAAGGGAAGGACAACAGUGAUGCAGCAGGAGAGGUGCGGGCCCACACUGAUGAUUUUAUCACAUCAUCCACCGCCUGUGAUUUCACUGAUCGGGAGCAUCAUCGAGGAGAAUAAGCUGUAAACUGACCUGGAGUCCGUGCGGUUUUUGUUGGUUAUUGUUUUUUUGGAUAAACAGAAGGUGGCUCCGUCAGUGUUUGAUUACACUGAUUUUAUUUCCACCAGGAGCUCAGCUGAGUGUGAGUGUGUGAGCAGUUCUAGAAACACACACAUCCCGAUUUAGGCCCAUGACUUGAGUCUGUCUGUGUGUGUGACGCCAGCACAGCAGCACAGAGGCGCGCGCGCACGCGUGUGUGCGUGUUGUGUGUGUAUGUGUGAGGAGACGCGCCUGCAUGUCUGAGCAUCAUCUGGUAGCUGGACAGGCUACUCUUCCACGGGGGAUGAUACACGCGCGAUUUUUCCUCGUCUGUGCGUGAACGAAGACUCGGAGAUGCUGCUGAUGCUGCUGCCAUUCCCAGUCCGCCUCUGAUACAGACACCGAGGCGCACAGCUCGGGACUGGACCUCCACAAAAUAUUACCUCUCCUCCGCCUCUGCACCUCUCCCCCCUCUCCUCCUCUUCCUCCCUCCCCCUUUUCCCACCACCACCCUAAUUGAUCAUCCUCAUCAAUUGCUAAUCCGUCAGUGAUUCAUCAGUGAGAGCCACCCACUCCUCACUUCACCUGUACACCCGCUUUCAAACGCCUCUUUACGCACUCAUAUACGCGCGAGGCCAGGCACGCGCCAGCGCCAUCCACAGCCGUGAUGGAGACGACCAAGCUGCCUCCGUCUAGUCCGUCCUCGCCGACCACCAGCUUCUCGGUGCCGUCCGCGGAGAAGGUGGACGGCUUCCCGCGCAGGUCCAUGCGCAGAGCCCGGCAGAGGAGGUCCCACAGCUCGUCCCAGUUCCGCUACCAGAGCUCCCAGGUGGAGCUCACCCCGCUGCCUCUGCUCAAAGACGCCCCGGUGGCAGAGUUACACGACCUGUUCUGUAAGAAGCUGCAGCAGUGCUGCGUGCUCUUUGAUUUCCUGGACUGUGUGGCCGACCUGAAGGGGAAGGAGAUUAAACGUGCGGCGCUCAACGAGCUGGUGGAGAGUGUGGCCACAAGCAGAGGAGUCCUCAUAGAGCCUCUCUACCCAGAGGCUAUAAAGAUGAUCUCUGUAAAUAUCUUCAGGACUCUCCCACCCAGCGAGAAUCCAGAGUUCGACCCAGAGGAAGAUGAGCCAACACUGGAGGCUUCUUGGCCGCAUCUGCAGCUGGUAUACGAGUUCUUUCUGCGUUUCCUGGAGAGCCCGGACUUCCAGCCCUCCAUGGCCAAGCGCUAUGUUGACCAGAAGUUUGUCCUGCAGCUCCUGGAGCUGUUUGACAGCGAGGACCCCAGGGAGCGGGAGUACCUAAAGACCAUCCUGCACCGCGUCUAUGGAAAACUACUGGGUCUCCGAGCUUACAUCCGCAAACAGAUCAACAACAUCUUCCUCAGGUUCAUAUAUGAAACUGAGCACUUCAAUGGAGUCGCAGAGCUGCUGGAAAUCCUCGGCAGCAUCAUAAAUGGCUUCGCUCUGCCUCUCAAGGCCGAACAUAAGCAGUUCCUGGUUCGGGUUCUCAUCCCGCUACACACAGCAAAGUCCCUUUCCAUCUUCCAUGCACAGCUGGCCUACUGUGUGGUGCAGUUUAUGGAGAAAGAUGCAACAGUCACUGAAUAUAUCAUCAGAGGGCUGCUCAAGUACUGGCCAAAAACCUGCACACAGAAAGAGGUGAUGUUCCUGGGGGAGAUUGAGGAGAUCCUGGAUGUCAUUGAGCCGUCACAGUUCAUCAGGAUCCAGGAGCCGCUCUUCAAACAAAUCGCAGCCUGCAUCUCCAGCCCUCACUUCCAGGUAGCGGAGCGGGCUCUUUACUUCUGGAACAACGAGUACAUCCUCAGUCUGAUAGAGGAGAACUGUCAAGUCAUCCUGCCGCUGGUCUUCGCCACGCUCUACAGAGUCUCUAAGGAGCACUGGAACCAGACCAUCGUGUCUCUGAUCUACAACGUGCUGAAGACCUUCAUGGAGAUGAACAGCAAGCUGUUUGAUGACCUCACUGCCUCCUACAAAGUGGAGAAACAGAAGGAGAUGAAGCGAGACAGGGAGCGCACGGAGCUGUGGCGAGGCCUGGAGGAGUACCAGGAGCGCCGGAUGCAGAUGCUCACCGAGGCCGCCAGGAACCAACGCAACCUCCAGGAGCGAGGAGGAGAGAGAGGGGACCCGCCGUCACCUUCGUCCCCACAGACGGCUCACUCCGACCUGCCCGAGCCCAAACACAGCGGGGCCUCCUCUGCAGCUGGGGAGAGCGCCACCUAGGUGCUACUCUUUAACAUUCGGUUAACACAGGGGUUUAGGGGACAGGGAGAAGACAUGACAUUGAUGGUGUAAGUGUUGGGAGAAAGAGAAAGGUACAAAACACAUCCUCCGUUGUUGUGUUGUGUUGUCGUUUUUUUUUUUUUUUUUUUUGCCUUGCGUCAUCGGGAACGUAGCUUUUUACGCUUUUUUGAUCCAAGGUAAAAAACAAAAAAAAAAAACAAACACACAAAUGUACCUUUUUCCUGAGUUGUGUGAAACUGGUUCACUUUGAGCUGUACACACAUUAUUAUGUGUCAGAUCAGAAGAUGAAUACGGUCCACUAGUGCAGACUAUCGUUUUAAGUAACAGCUGGUUUAUUAAACUGCAGGUCAGUACCUAAAAAACCGGGAGCUGGCCUGUCCUCAAACCCGCCUUUCAACGACACUGUCGACGUUUUCCAACGCGUGUCCAGAUCUGUUGUCACUCAACAUUUAACCAACCCCAGUCUGUGCUGUGGCUCUGUAUUUACCUUUUGGUCACAGGUGCUUAUUUCAUGCGUGGAUAGCACAACACAUAAAUAAACAAAAGAAGCAAUUUCACACAAGAGGUCCCAAAACUAUCGCUGCACAGACCAGACACACACACACACACACACACACACACACACACACACACUAAUGCACGUAUUUGCUGUAAAUAUGAGAAGAUGGAGCUACAGAAAGUUUAUCCAGGUUAAACUCUUCUCACACAACAUUAACUGAUGACCAGGUAUUUCAUACACACACACACACACACGCACACACAGUACAUAUAGUGACUCACACGACACAGCUGGUUCUGGCACUAUCUCCGCUCCCAUUCUGUCAGGUUCCACAGAAGAACGAGUCUAAAGUCCCUCAAGGUUAAAUAACCACAGAUGAAGAUGAUGAUGAUGAUGAUGAAAAUGAUAUAAAGUACAAUAAUGUUC